AUGCGUCUUCUCAAGUCCUGCGUCUGGCUGCUCUCGGCCGUUGGUGCUGCUGCUGCCGCAUCCAGCGACCAGUCGCCGACCGAAGGGGUCGAGUCUCUCGUCAAGCGCCGUCUCCCACAUCACGUAGACUGGUUCGAGUUUGCGCUUGAGCAGUCGCACGGCUCUGCCCUGGUCAAUGACAGCUACACGGUCUCCUCGACGAAGAACGGAAAGGUCCGCAUUGAGGGCACGACGACCAGUGCCCUGCUGUCAGGUCUUCACAAGUACUUAUCCAACGAGGCAAAUGUCGACAUCUGGUGGUUCGUGGGCAGCCAGCUUGAUCGAGCCCCGAAAGCCCUGCCCAAGCUCACGAGUCCCAUCAAAGGCUCCAGUGUCGUGCCUUACCGCUACUACUGGAACACCGUGACCACCUCUUACACGAGUGCCUUCUGGUCAUGGGAGGACUGGGAAACGCAGCUGGACUGGAUGGCCCUCCGCGGUGUUAACCUGGCCCUCGCCUGGAUCGGAGUCGAGAAGAUCUUCAUCGACGUCUUCCACGAGAUUGGCCUCAACGACGACGAGAUUGACUCCUUCAUCAGCGGACCUGCAUUCCUGGCGUGGAACCACUUUGGCAACAUCCAAGGCUCGUGGGGCGGAUCCAUGCCUCGAUCCUGGGUCGACGACCAGUUCAGUCUCCAGCUCAAGAUCCUCGAGCGCAUGCAAGAGCUCGGCAUCACGCCCAUCCUGCCGGCAUUCCCAGGCUUCGUCCCGCGCAACAUCUCCCGCGUGUUCCCGGACAUUUCGCUGUCGACGAGCCCCGUCUGGAACGACUUUGGCACCACGCUGAGCGCCGACGUCUACAUCAACCCGUUCGACCCGCGCUUCGCCCAGCUGCAGAAGCUCUUCAUCGACAGGCAGCAAGAGCUGUACGGAGAAAACGUCACCCACUUCUGGACACUGGAUCAGUUCAACGAGAACCAGCCGCUCUCGGGCGACCUGGACUACCUGCGCAACGUCAGCCACAACACCUGGGCCGCCCUCAAGGCCGCCGACCCCGAGGCCGUCUGGGUCAUGCAGGCCUGGCUCUUCUCCAGCGACAGCAGCUUCUGGACAAACGACCGCAUCGAGGCCUUCGUGGGCGGCAUCCCCGUGGAUUCGGACAUGCUCCUGCUCGAUCUGUUUGCCGAGUCCGCGCCUCAGUGGCAGCGGACGGACUCCUUCUACGGAAAGCCUUGGAUCUGGUGUCAGCUGCACGACUAUGGCGGCAACAUGGGCUUGUACGGCCAGAUCGAGAACGUCACCAUCAACUCGAUGGAUGCCGUGCGCAACUCCGAUUCCAUCGUCGGCUUCGGCUUGACCAUGGAGGGCAUGGAGGGCAACGAGAUCAUGUACGACCUGCUGCUAGAUCAGGCCUGGAGCCCCAAGCCCAUCGACACCGAGACAUACUUCCACGACUGGGUAUCGGCCAGAUACGGCACCAAGAACGUCCAGAGUCUGUACAGGGGCUGGGAGAUGCUGCGACCGACCGUCUUCAACAACACCAACCUGACGGUCACCGCCGUGCCAAAGUCCAUCUUGGAGCUGACGCCCGCCAUCAACGGCCUGCUCGGUCGUACCGGGCACCACGCUACAACGAUCACGUAUGAUCCGGCGGUCAUGGUCGAUGCAUGGAGCGAGUUAUUCAAGGCCGGUAUCGAAGACCUCACGCUGUUCAGCAACCCCUCUUAUCAGUAUGACCUCGUCGACUGGACUCGUCAGGUCCUCGUCAACAGCUUCGAGGACCUCUACAAGGACCUCGUCGACGCAUACAACCAGUCAUCCACUCCCACCGUGAUCCGCUCUCGCGGCGCCAAGCUCAUCACCCUGCUCAAGACGCUCGAUGCCGUCCUCGCCACCAACGACAACUUCCAACUGGCCCCCUGGAUCAAACAAGCCCGCGCAAGCGAUCCCUCAGCCGCCAACUUUUUCGAGUUCAACGCCCGCAACCAGAUCACGCUGUGGGGGCCUCAGGGCCAGAUCGAAGACUAUGCGUCGAAGCAGUGGGCCGGCCUGGUUGGCACGUACUACGCCGAGCGAUGGCAGCAGUUUAUCGACUACCUCGCCACAACCAAGCCCGCAAGCUACAACCAGACUGCGUUUCACGAGAAGCUGCUUGCUUGGGAGACGACAUGGGGGCAGCAGACUUCAAGCAACAACAAGUUCAAUGCCGGAGAGAGCGACAUUCGGUCCGUUUUGGACACAAUUCUGAAGAGCUGGGGUGAUGUGUUCAAGUUGUAG